CGGGCGCGUGCGCAGGACCCGAUGGGUGCCCGGACGCGGAAGACUUGGCCCCGCGGCGGUUCCCGCUGCUGAAGCGUGGGAGGCGGAAAAGGCGGCAGGUUGUAGAUUUUGGUCUUGGCCCCAAGGGGUUCCCUCGGGCCAUUAGAACCCAAGAGAGGAAGAGGAGGCACCGCGGCGGCGGCUGAAGGGCCGAACCCCCCACCUGUCCUCCAGGCGGGGAGGGGGGGUAGGGAGGGGAUAAGCACCCCUCACAGGGCUGAGGAUCCUCCGGGACCGAGUCCCAGAGCAUGGGGGGCUGGACCGGGUCCCCCAGCAUGGGGAACUGGAGCCGUCGAGGCCGCCCGGCCGGGCCCUGCCCAACUGUCAGCUUUUUGGUACUAGCGCUGCCUGGGCAGCUGCGGUGUUUGUAGCCCGGCCCCGGUUGAGGUCGUCGGCCAAAAGAUAGCAACAUGAGUUCCGCCGCUGCCUAGUUUCCUCCCCAUCCUCUUCUCCCUCCGUCCGCCUCCUCCCUCCCUCCUCUUCCCCAUACCUCUUUUUCUUUCCCUCUCUCGUAUUCCUCUUUUCCCACCACCCUGCUCUCCUCUUCCCCCUCGGUCCUCCUCCUUUCCUCAUCUUCCUUUCCCGAUCCUGUCCUCCUUUUACUCUCUCUGCUUUCCUGCUUUUCUAUAUAUCCGCUUUCCCUAUCUCUUGCUCUUUUCCUUCCAUCCCUCUCUUUUCCUUCACCCUCUUCCUUUAUUCUGUCACCCUCCACCACCUCCCACUCCACUACCGCCCCCCUUCCUCCUCCCCUCACUCACUCUCAAGCUCCCUUCCUCAUCCUCAUCCUCCUUCCCUCCUCCUCCUUUCCUGCUUUUCUCCGCCCCUUAGCCCCCGCCCCUAAGCCUCCGCCCCUUAGCCCCCGCCCCCAGCUGCCAGUCCCCAGCAGCUCAGUCCUGCAGUGAGAGUCUUGGGAGUCCAUAGCUAAGCACCAGGAGCUGAGCACUGUCCGCUGUGCCUGCCUGCAAGUCUCCGACAUGGCUCAGGAGAAAAUGGAGCUGGACUUCGAGCCUGACACAUCCGAUGGGGGCACCCUGAGGAGAUCCAGCAGCGCUCCCCUGAUCCAUGGGCUCAGUGAUCUUUCACAGGUCUUUCAACCUUAUACAUUUAGAACUCGGAGGAAUAGUACAACAGUUAUGAGCCGUCAUAACCUGUUGCUGUCAUCCUCCCCUAAUCGUGUUCCUAGUAGCCGACUGCAUCAGAUCAAAAGGGAGGAAGGCAUGGAUAUGAUGAACAGGGAAACAGCACACGAACGGGAAGUGCAGACAGCAAUGCAGAUAAGCCAAUCAUGGGAUGAGAGCUUGAGCUUGAGUGACAGCGAUUUUGAGAAGCCGGAGAAACUAUAUUCUCCUAAAAGGAUUGACUUCACUCCAGUUUCUCCGGCACCGUCACCCACCAGAGGAUUUGGAAAGCAAUGUUUUUCACCAUCCUUACAAAUGUUUGUGAGCAGCAGUGGGCUGCCACCAAGUCCUGUUCCUAGUCCCAGACGCUUUGCCAACAAGAGGAGUCAGAGUCCAGUCAAAUGUAUCAGGCCCAGUGUUCUUGGUCCCCUGAAAAGAAAAGGUGAAAUGGAGACGGAAAGCCAGCCCAAGAGGCUCUUCCAAGGCACUACCAGUAUGCUGUCUCCGGAGGCUGCUCAACUGUCUGAUCUCAGUUCAUGUUCAGAUAUUUUGGAUGGCAGUAGUAGCAGCAGUGGCUUAUCCUCAGACUCACUGGCUAAAGGCAGCACAACCGCAGAGUCUCCAGUAGCAUGCUCCAAUUCAUGCUCUCCGUUCAUCUUGAUGGAUGAUCUCUCACCCAAGUGACUUACCCAUUUCUGAUUCAGUGUUUUAACUGCUGUUUCCUACAUAAAACAUUCAGUGAGGAACGCAGAGAACUUUGAUCCAUAAUGAGGAUUAAAGUGUGGCAGACCUAAACCAUUUCAAUGCCGUACUUUUUGGCAUCUCUCUUCUCUAAAGUUCAAUUUUACGAGUGUAGUGAUCUUACUUAUGUCUCUUAUUGCUGAUCUCAUUUUGGCUCUAGUGACUAAAUCUCAAAUACUCAUUUUUGAUUGCUUAGAGCAUAUGUUUUUUUUCCUCAGUGCCUCAGAGAGCACCUAUUUUAGAAUCUAUACGCUUAAGGAAAGCACUGAUGUGUAUUUUCGACAGAGGUUCUUUUUCCCAGCAGUGACACAACAGCUAAAGUUGAUCAGAAAUUCUCUUGCUUGAGAGAUUUGUGGUUUGUUUUUUUUUUCCUUUUUUUGUUCUCUGUUGACUACAUAGUUUCAAAUCUCUUUAUUUCACAAUAAUAGAUGGAUUGCUUUCAAUUAUAUUAAAUUAUUAUUUUUCUGCAUCAGCUUAAAGUACAUUAUUUUGUUUCCCUUUCCUGUUUGAGCUGCUUACUUGCCAUUUCUCACAGAGGGGAAGAAACACAUAGUCGCUUUCAUUACUAUCCAUACCGCUUCUUUGCUGUUGGAGUGUAUGACGUGAGGAUUGAUUUUAGUGCAGAGAAUGUAAAUGGACUGACAGGAUGCCUGGAUUACUCACCCACAGGUUCUUAGGCCUUAGCCACCACAGUUGAUAUUUUUCUUCCCAAACUUUUUGUUGCCCGAAGGAAUAUAUAAAAUAUUGUUAAUG